AUGAAGGUCUCUGCUAUUAUUGUCUCUGCUCUCUUCUCUCUGUCCGCCUACGCUGCGGCCGUGGACACCGAGCUCGAGGCGCGCACUCUGCAGGCUCGCAGCUGCGGCAUUGACGAUGUCUGCUUCGGUACCGGCGGUGGUGAUCUCUGCAAUGACCGCUGCAAGAAAUGCAAGGGCGACAGCGGAUACUACAAGAAGGGAGAAUGUGGUGGACUCGGCUGGCAGUGA